AUGGGGAAGCUUUGGUUGGGUAUCGCGCUCUGCGCCGUCUACUGGAUGUUGUACAACCGAGAUUGUUAUCGUCCUAGCCUGGACCCAGAACACUUCACUGAUAAUCGAACGCCGUCUCGUGUGACGUCGGCUGAUCUAAAGCCGCUCUCCACACACCUGUCAGUCGUAGAUAAGAGUAACGAACUUCGUGCUGAAGAAGAUCCCCCAUAUGUUUGA